AUGAUAAUUUCAGCUUUUUCUCCAAUUCUUGAUGCGACUUCUUUUUUUUGCUUAAUAUUUUGUCUAUAUUUAUCUCUUGACUUGUUAAGUUUUUCAUUGAUUUUUGAUAAUUUAUCAUCGAUUGUACUUAAAAAUUCUGUAUCAAGUUUUUCUUUAUAUGCUCUCUUAUCAUCAUUUUUUCUUAAUUUAACUGAACUUGUUCUUGCUCUAUCCCCAUCUUCAUAA